AUGAGCUCCACCGGGAGUACAGAUUCCGCAAAGUCCACGAGAAAGACUGGAGAUGGAUUAGCGAAGAAGACAGAGAAGCUCAAGUUGGACGAAGCACAAUCUGCAACACCGUCGCCGCCUAAGGUUAAGAGCAAAGGCCUGGAUGUGCCGAAGUUGUGGUCCGAGAGCAAGGACACUCGCAAGUCAGCAGCUGCGUUUGUAGUGAUAGGUCAUGUGGAUCAUGGCAAGAGCACAUUGAUGGGAAGACUGUUGCUCGACGCCGGUGCAGUUGCGCAAAGAGACAUAGAUAAGUACAAGAAACAAGCCACCGAACUCAACAAAUCAUCCUUCGCCCUUGCCUGGGUCAUGGACACAGGCUCCGAAGAGCGCGAACGCGGCGUCACUGUGGACAUUGCACAGCACCCUUUCCAAACCGCCAACACCGACUUCACGAUCCUUGAUGCGCCUGGGCACAGAGAUUUCGUGCCGAACAUGCUUGCUGGUGCCACGAUGGCAGAUCUUGCGGUACUGGUUGUAGAUGCGAAUCAGCUCGAAUCCGGGAUGAAAGGGCAGACCAAAGAGCACAUUCUGCUUGCGAAGGCAUGCGGACUGAGCAAGGUCGUGGUGGCAGUGAACAAGCUGGAUGCUACAGCACCGAAGGCUUGGGAUGAGCAGACGUUUCACCAUGUGAAAGCGGAGGUAGGAAAGCUGCUACAGUCGGUCGGGUUUGAAAAAGAAGACGUCUUGUAUGUGCCAUGCUCUGGACUCGGCGGCACCAAUGUCGUCAAUCCAGCACCCAGUUCUGGCGACACCGCUUGGGUCACCGGCGCGUCAGGCACGCUCCUUCAUCAUCUCGAAUCCUCUCCAGCUGCCAGCCCUGCGGAUGAUCAGGUCAAGGCUCCCUUGCGCAUGCAGAUCGCCGACGUCUUCCGCGGCAGCAUCACGAAUCCCCUAUCGGUCUCUGGACGCAUCGCAGCCGGCAACGUCCAGGUUGGUGACAUUGUGGUCAUCCAGCCGAGCGGAGAAAAGGCUACCAUCAGAGGGAUCGAGGUCAGCUCUGAGCCCGGCGACUGGGCUGUGGCGACUGAGCUCUGUACCCUUCAUCUCGCGGACAUCGAUCCCGUCCACCUACGAGCGGGAGAUGUGCUCUGCAGCACCGCCCAGCCUGUUGGAGUGAUCAGGAGUUUCGUCACUCAGGUGGAAGUCCUUGAACCGCUACUACCGCAAGGGGUCGACGUGCAUGUAGGAAGGCUGCAUGUGCCGGGGAGCGUGGCGGCGCUGAUCUCAACCGUUGACGCCAAGGGCGAGGUUGUCAGGAAGAAGCCUAGGGUUGCCAAGGCGGGAGAGACGGCGAAUGUGAAGGUGGUGCUGGAGACGGGGGCGCCGUUGCCGGUGGGUGAGAGGGUGGUUCUGAGGAGUGGAGGGAGUACGGUUGCGUCUGGUAGGGUGGGGAGCGUGAGCGUGGGAAGGUGA